CUCCGUCUCUGUUCCCUCCCAAUCGUCUCUUUUUUUAUGCUGGGAGAAUUUGCAGUGAUUGAAAUGGGUACAGAUCAGCUGGAAAUAGAGAGGAAAUUCUCCUUAGAGAAAGAGCCCCGAACUCUUUCUUUGUGUCAGAUACAGUACGCGAGGGAAGCAGCUUUAGAUGUGCUCAGCAACAAGACAAUGGAGGAGGCUCUAAGUAUUUUUACUGAGGGUUUGCAGCCGGUGCUCAACGUUACUGAAGGCAGGCAGAACUUGGACGAUACAGAUUUAUCCGAUCUCAUCGGCAAACAAAGGAGCUUCGGCGUGCUUGAAGGAUUUCGGGACAUCAGCACAGCUCCUUUUUAAUUAAGAGAUUUAAUUCGAAGCUCUUAAACAUUUGUUGAUCUACAUAAAUAAAUUCAUGCAAAUGUUACUUG